AGGCGCUGAUCUAUUGUCUGUCUGUUGUUUGUAGUGAACCCACAUGUCCUGGGGGGAACAUGUGAACGACACGAAGGCAGAGCCCUGGUAGUUUCAACGCGUUAUUCCUGCAGCACUAAGUUUCCUAAAACAGCAGCGAGGAGCUCGUUAUCUGAGCUGAAGCGUCUGAGGCUGUGCGAGGGUGCAGUUAACGUUAGCUAGCAGUAGUUAGCCGACCAGCAGCGUGCUUGGUUUGGCCCAUUUAAUUGUCGCCCUGAAGGCUGCCGAGCUCAAAUGCUAAAUCAGCGAUCGCCAUGACUAAAACGCCUGGCACCGCGGCUCCGUGCCCGGAUGGCGGGGAUGUGCUGCACUGGCCUGGGCGACUGAAGGAGCCCACCGAGCAUGUAAAGAGCAGUGCGGUUCAGAAACAGUGCUUGGGUUCGCCUCCAGACGGAGGUACUGGGGCUCUUCCUCAGCUAGUUGUAACUUACGAACCUCGUAUCCGCCAAACCGGCGAGAAGAGGAGCGUUAGCGGACUGUCGUGCAGCUCCAACCCAGACGAGGAGUCGCUGUGUUCGGACAGCGGCUUCGGCGGCUCCCCCGCCUCUUCUCUGGUCCUGCGAAAACUCUCCAACUCCUCGUCAGCCGGCCUCUCGCCAACGUCGUCCUUUGAGGAGUACGAGGAGGAGUGUGGUGGAAAUAAUGGAGGGAACCUCACGGUGCCACAGAACAGCAGCGUAUGCUCAGACGACCAUGACACUAGUGAUAUAUGGAAGAAGAACAAAAACAUGGUGAAUUGGUCACCUGUUGUGGUACCUUUGAGAAAGCGCUCUCCCUGGGUUCAAGUGGUUGGCCAUGCAGGUAACUUUCAGACGGGCAGUGAUGGGAAGCUGCUGAAGAAGUAUUGUGCAUGCGAGCAGCAGUGUUUGCAGCGGCUCAUGGAGGAUGUGCUUCGACCCUUUGUACCGGGUUACCACGGAGUGACCCAGCGAGAUGAACAGGACUACAACCUCAUGGAUGACCUGCUCGCUUACUUUGACUCUCCUUGCAUUAUGGACUGCAAAAUGGGAACCCGGACGUACCUGGAGGAGGAGCUGAAGAAAGCACGCAAGCAUCCCCAGCCACGUGAAGACAUGUAUGAGAAAAUGGUGGCAGUGGACCCAGAUGCCCCAACGCCAGAGGAAAGAGCCCAAAAAGCAGUGCUUAAAACCAGAUACAUGCAGUGGAGAGAGACGCUUAGCUCCACUGCAACUUUAGGUUUCCGUAUAGAGGGCAUCAAGAAAUCUAAUGGCACCUGUAAUACCAACUUUAAGAGGACUAAAUAUAAGGAUGAAGUGAUGCAAGCGUUAGAAGACUUUGUUGACCACAAUAUGUCUGUCCUGAAAAGUUACCAACAACGAAUAAAGGAGCUGCGGCUUGUACUUGAGAAUUCGGAAUUCUUUAAAACACAUGAGGUGGUGGGAAGCUCUCUGUUGUUUGUGCAUGACCACAGUGGCAGAGCUGGAGUCUGGAUGAUCGACUUUGGAAAGACCGUCCCCAUGCCACCUCCUCUUACUCUGGACCACCGCAGCCCAUGGGUGGAGGGAAACAGGGAAGAUGGCUACCUCUGGGGCCUGGACAAUUUUAUUGACAUUUUGACUGACAUGCUUUCUGGACACUGAAAAAAUUUCCCUGAUUAAUACACAAAGAACCCACAUCUUCAGAUGUCUGUAAAUGUGUUUUACCUUGUACAUAGAUAUUUAAUUUUUUUGAAAAUAUACUGCAGUUUCCAUAUUUUGUCAUGGGCUAAUAGGUAAAAUGUUAUGUUAAAAAAUGUACUUGAGGUUCUAGUGGUUUCUUAUUUAAAUGAAUGCCAGUGAAAAUCUGGACCAACAUUCAAGGCUUGUGGUAAUUCUUUAUUGCUACAUUUUAGUGUAAUUGUGUGACCAAAGUGAUUUCAUUUUGCAGUGAUUAAACACAAGUUGAAUUAGA